GAUGUGGUGGGAGCUUGGCGAGCCCGGGGAGAGUGAGAAUCUCUCCGCUGGCGGUGGAGGCUGCCGGGCUUAUCUCGCUCGCUCUUGCGCGCGCUCGCCGCCGCCGCCGCCUGCCUCGGGCUGCCGGAGCAUGGAGCACUGAAGAGCUGCCUUUCUGCACGGUGAGAUAAGAUCCCGACUCCAACAUGGGGAAACAGAACAGCAAGUUACGCCCCGAAGUCAUGCAGGAUUUGCUAGAAAGCACAGAUUUUACAGAACACGAAAUCCAGGAAUGGUACAAAGGCUUUCUGAGAGACUGUCCAAGCGGACAUUUGUCCAUGGAGGAGUUUAAGAAAAUCUAUGGGAAUUUUUUCCCUUACGGGGACGCUUCUAAAUUUGCCGAACACGUCUUCCGCACGUUUGACGCGAACGGCGACGGAACGAUAGACUUCAGAGAAUUUAUCAUUGCCUUGAGCGUAACAUCCCGAGGGAAACUGGAGCAGAAGCUGAAGUGGGCAUUCAGCAUGUAUGACCUGGAUGGAAACGGCUACAUCAGCAAGGCGGAGAUGUUGGAAAUAGUUCAGGCAAUCUACAAGAUGGUUUCUUCGGUUAUGAAGAUGCCAGAAGAUGAAUCAACACCCGAGAAAAGAACAGAGAAAAUAUUCCGCCAGAUGGACACCAACCGGGAUGGAAAACUUUCUCUGGAGGAGUUUAUUCGAGGAGCCAAGAGUGACCCAUCUAUCGUCCGUCUCCUUCAGUGUGACCCCAGCAGCGCUGGGCAGUUCUAAAACAGUUGCUUGGAUUA